AGUUAAAAAUAUGAAAGAUAAAUCAACCCUAAAAUAAAGUAAAUUAACUGAAAAUGUAAAAGUUAAAUCAGCGUAUCUCUCUGACUCGCUCGUUGCCUCGCAUAUCUCUCGCCGCCGGCGCCCGGGCCGCCCCGCCCUGCCUCCUCCGGUUACAGCUGCAGCACGGCACGUCGGCAGCAGCGCUGCAAGCCUGCAGCAGUCCGCCUCUCCAGCUGCAUCAGUGCGGCAGACGGCAGUCCGCCUCGACACCUGCCAGCUGUUAAAUUCUUGGAUUAGCAUACUUGGUUUUUCCUCUGAAGUGGAAAAAGAAGGUUUUUGGCCGAAGGUUGGUUUUUCCCCAUCAAAUGUCUGGAGUUUCCUCUUGCCGCCAUAUGUGAGAUCGGAAGCUUCUUGUUUAUAGGAAACAGGUCCAGCAAAACAAACCUUACCAGCUACCGCCCCGCCAUCCCUCCGAGCAUCGCCUUUAGUAUCACGUUGUUUUCUCGUUUGGCAUAAUUGCGAUUGGUUCGAACCAAUUAACAUUUUCGUGGGAAUGUGGUUGUAGAUCCUUUUGUAUAUAGUGCUAAAUGAUUCUUUGGCGAAUGAUGAUAUGCUGAAGCAGCAAGUAAUGGAGACUGGAGUUCCAUCCGCCUUCAAGAUUCCGGCAACUAAAUUUUGUAAUUUCUGACUUAAUUCACUGUUACCUAACUAGACAUUUCCUCCCUAUUUGGAGCUCUUCCCACCUUCAACACUGGCAAUCCAUGUUUGUAGUCACACUUCCAAAGCUCCACAGACAUCUCCAUUCUUCUUGUUUGAUUGUGGAUUCGGUAUCGAGUUACCUUACAAAACACAUUGACUCUUUCCUCACUACCAAUUCCUUGGACCACAAGACCCUUCUCUCUGCCCAUGCAUCUAUCAUAACAACCGGUCAUGCACACAAUAAAUUCAUUGCAUCAAAGCUGAUAGCAUAUUAUGCCUCCCUCAACCAGUCCCAUAUUUCAACCAAAGUUUUUGAUUCCCUCACUUUUAAAGACCAUUUUCUUUGGAACUCCAUCAUCAAAGCCCAUUUUUCUAAUGGAGACCAUGUGCAAGCCAUUGGCUUCUUCUCCAAGAUGAGGUUUGCUGGGAAUUUGCCUACACAGUUUACCAUUCCAAUGGUUGUUUCUGCCUGUGCCGAACUCCAAUCACUUUCUAUUGGCAUGAAAAUUCAUGGACUAGUCUCAAAAUUGAAUCUUUUCCAUGGAAACUCAGCUGUUGGUGCUUCAUUUGUAUAUAUGUAUUCGAAAUGUGGAGCCAUGGACUAUGCAUCUCUUAAGUUUGAUGAGAUUAUUGUGAAAGAUGUGGUUGUUUGGACUGCACUUGUGAUAGGGUAUGUGCAAAAUGGCAAAAGUGAGAAAGGUUUUCAGUGUCUUUGUGAGAUGCAUCGAACUGGAGGCAAUAGUGAGAAGCUGAAUUUUCGAACAUUAGAAGGGGGGUUUCAGGCUUGUGGGAACUUGUGUGCUUUGGUUGAAGGUAGGUGCUUGCAUGCACUGGCUCUAAAAUCAGGAAUCGUAUCCUCAAAUGUGGUUCAGUCUGCCAUUUUAUCAAUGUAUUCGAAGUGUGGAAGUGUUGAGGAUGCACGGAUGUCUUUUUCUGAAGUUGUAAAUAAGGAUCUAUUAUCAUGGACAUCAGUCAUGGGUGUCUUCUCAAGAUUGGGGUGCAUUUAUGCAUGCUUUGAUAUAUUUUUGGGGAUGCAAGCUACUGGGUUAUAUCCUGAUGGAAUGGCAAUUAGUUGUUUGGUCUCUGGUUUUGCUAAUUCCUUGAGAAUCUCUGAAGGGAAGGCGCUCCAUAAUUUUAUCGUAAGGAGAAAUUACAUUAUUGAUGAGAAGGUAUAUAUAUCGUUAUUGUCAAUGUACUGUAAGUUUGGCCUUGUGGAUCUUGCAAAGAAGAUCUUUAUUCAGUGGCCCGAUCAGGUAAAAGAUGCUUGGAAUUUAAUGGUUACUGGCUACGAAAAAGCAGGAUUAGAGAAGAAAUGUAUAAUGUUCUUCAGACAAAUGCAACAUCAAGGGAUUAAACCUGAUUUAUCCAGCUUAUUAUCUGUAAUUUCUUCCUGCUCGAGAUUGGGAGCCAUCGGUUUUGGUCAAUCUAUACAUUGCUGUAUGAUAAAAACAAUGAUGCUUGAGAAGGUCACAAUUGUUAAUUCACUUAUAAACAUGUAUGGGAAAUGUGGUAAGUUGACUGAAGCAGAAAGGUUAUUUCAUCACGCAUCACAGGACAUUAUUACAUGGAACUCUCUUAUCUCAUCUUACUCUGACAAUGGUAAUUGUCUCAAGGCUAUAAGUCUUUUUGAUGUAAUGAUUUCGAGAUGCUUGAAGCCUAACACAGCAACACUUGCUGUUUUGCUGUCUGCUUGUGCUCAGAUUGCAGCUCUUGAAAAAGGGAAAAAAAUUCAUGAUUAUAUCCUAGAAGAGGGGCUUACUUAUGAUGUUUCUGUUGCAACAUCGUUGGUUGAUAUGUAUGCCAAAUGUGGACAGAUUGAUCUGGCAAAAGAAAUUUUUGACUCAAUAAGUGAGAAGGAUAUUAUAUCUUGGAAUGUGAUGAUUUCCUGUUAUGGCAUGCAUGGAUAUGGAAAAUCUGCAAUUGAGAUUUUCCAGCGAAUGAAAGAAUCUGAUGUUAGACCAAAUGACCAAACAUUUCUUGCAGUACUCUCAGCAUGUGCUCAUUCUGGAUUGGUUGAUGAGGGCAAGUCAUUAUUCCAAAAAAUGAAGGAAUAUUCUCUGGCACCCACACUAAAGCACUAUGCCUGUAUGGUAGAUCUUUAUGGACGAUCUGGGUAUCUGGAUGAGGCUGAAGCUCUUGUUUUAUCAAUGCCGUGUACUCCUGAUGGAGGCAUAUGGGGUUCUUUGUUAACUUCCUGUAAACUGCAUAAUAAUCCUGCAAUGGGUAUGAAGAUAGCAAAGCAUGCUAUUGAAGCUGACCCAGAAAACGACGGGUAUUACAUAUUGGUCUCAGACUUUUAUAGCUCUAUGGGCAUGUGGGAAGAUGUUGGACAAGUGAGGAAAACUAUGAAGGAUAGAGGGGUAAGAAAAACUGUGGGUUGGAGUGCUGGAUAAAGUGGCGGAAUGACCACAAAAUGUGGUCAAGUAAUCCUUACGGAAGUUUGGACCUUAAACUUCUCGUACAUUUUCUUUGUAAAUGGCAGCCAGCUGUGCUUCGGUUGGACUAGGAAGAUGUUCAGGUUGUGCUCUUUCCCCAAUUUGAACUCUAGAGCAAGUGGAUAGCUGGAGUUUUAUUGGGACGACGGAUAACACUGGAGUCGGCUGAGGAAAUGAGAGUGGAUAUUGAAGCAUUUACUCAUCGGUGGAAGCAGUGGCAUUCCUAGGCGAAAUAUCUCAGUUUGAGAAUGAAGAAAGCAAAUGUAUUUGGUGACAGGAAGGAGGCUGUGAUCAGUGGGAGGAUGAAGAUUUAAUGGCAUUGGCUUAUCAAGAAUUCUUGUUGGAAGCAAAGAUUGAGCUUAUAUACUCUGGCGAUUCAAUUUUUCAUAGAUCUCAACUGAAAUCCAAGUCAUUAUUUAUUUAUUUGUGUCGACAUAUUACGCAGUAUUUGGAGCAACUGCCUUUGUGAAAAACUAAUUCUGUGAGCACCACUAACAAUUAGUCCAUGUUAACAUUAUUAUUUUUUCUAUAUUUAUUUUGAUUUUAAUAUCUCAUAAA